UAGUUUCCAUGGCUGACCAUGGUUUGGUGCUGUUGGCUCUCUCUGUCUGCUCAACCCAGGCUGUGCAUAGCUCCCUGCGGGAUCAGAGCGCUCCCCCGCCGGGACCCUACUCUCACAUCCUCCUGCUGGGACACGGCUACAUUUCCAGCCAAGCCUGGCUUUAUUAUGUGUGUCUGCUCUGCAGCCCCGCCAGCAGUCGGAUCGGGAGGCGGAGGGAAGACCAGAGUCAGGACAAAGAAAAAGGGAGAGAGAGGCUAGCUACUACAAACAUUUGACUGAUUUCAGGAUUUUAAAAAGGGAGAUAUAAACACAAAUCCCCAAGGGGUGAAAAUGCUGGGUAAGGUUGCAUUGCCCAUGCCACCUUCUGAAAAAUAACGGACGAAGGGAGGUUCGGUGUUCGCAAGAUCUGGGUGAAAAAUAGAUUUAUUCCGAGAACUGCACCAACAAACCCUCAAGACGAAGAGGCAAAGAAGAAACAACGUAACCCUUGAUUUAACGGAAUUCUAUAAUUGUAUAGUCAAUGUAUUCAUAUUUUGACGUAUUGGCACCUUUCUAACGGCCCGAUCAGGUGUUACCGCAUGGCUGUCAUUUUGGCUUUGGCUGUCUCUUGAAACUCGGACUCUACCGAUUAAGUCGCGCUAUCGCCAACGUGUUUAUGAACGUAAAGGAACAAAAGAUACUGUCGUCACGGACCCCGAAAGAAAGACACGUUAUUCCGUUAAUUCUACAGGUUGAGUCCAGUUGAAGAAGUUAAAUUGCUGGAGUAUCCGGGCGCAGCGCCUCUCCACAGCUACAAAUUGUAUAGGCUACUCACCUCCCCUUUAACUGGACUAUAGGCUACUAUCAGAGACUGAAGUUGCCGCAUUGCAACAGGCAAAGAAGUGAAAAACACGCCAGCUGAAGUAUCCAUCUAUAUGACUGUUUUCGCAAAACAUUACAGAUCGAGACGAGAAGAAAAUACUGUCACAAACCAGAGAUGUCUAGACGAAAACAGGCCAAACCGCGCUCCGUAAAAGCGGUAGAAGAAGGCGAGUCGUCGGAGUUUGCAGGGAACUGGGAUUCAUCGUCCGUCCAAACAGAUGUCCCUGCUGUGUUGGACCGCGAGGCGGCGAGGAAGGAGCAGCGUGCAGCCCUGGAGGAUGGGGACCACAGUGUCACCAGCCAUGACGACCGCAUAGGGGACGAUGACCUGGACGAUGAGUCCAUCUUCACCUGCGACAACUGCCAGCAGGACUUUGAGUGUCUGGCCGAGCUGACUGACCACCGCACCAACCACUGCCCCGCAGAUGGUGAUGAUGACCCUGGGCUCUCCUGGGUAGGGUCCUCUCCCUCCAGCAAAGACGUGGCGUCGCCGUCACAGAUGCUGGGGGACGGCUGCUGCGAUCUGGGCAUGGGCACAGGGGAGGAGGAAGGGGGCGCGGGGCUGCCCUACCCCUGCCAGUUCUGCGACAAGUCCUUCAGCCGCCUCAGCUACCUGAAGCGCCACGAGCAAAUCCACAGCGACAAGCUGCCCUUUAAGUGCACCUUCUGCAGCCGCCUGUUCAAGCACAAGCGAAGCCGCGAUCGCCACGUCAAGCUCCACACCGGAGACAAGAAGUACAGCUGCCAGGAGUGUGAGGCGGCUUUCUCCCGUAGCGACCAUCUCAAGAUCCACCUGAAGACCCACAGCUCCAGCAAGCCCUUUAAGUGCAGCGUGUGCAAGAGAGGCUUCUCCUCCACAUCGUCUCUGCAGAGCCACAUGCAGGCCCACAGGAAGAACAAGGAGCACCUGGCCCUGCGUACUGAAAAGGAAGGGGGGAAGCGUGGCAGCAAUGCAGGCAGUGGAGGGGAGAUGGACCAGGACCUGUACAUGUGUGACUACUGUGAGGAGACCUUCAGCCAGACAGACGAGCUGGAGAAGCACGUAGUGACCCGCCACCCCCAGCUGUCUGACCGCUCCGACCUGCAGUGCAUCCACUGCCCCGAGAUCUUCAGCGACGAGAGCACGCUGCUCUCCCACAUUGAGAGGUCCCAUGCUAACCGUAAACACAAGUGCCCGGUGUGCUCAGAGCAGUUCCCCUCUGUGGAGGACGUCUACUGCCACAUGGACAGCCAUCGGCAGCCCGACUCCAGUAAUCACAGUCCCAGCCCUGACCCCGUGCUGGGCAGCGUGGCAUCCAUGAGCAGCGCCACCCCGGACUCCAGCGCCUCUCUGGAGAGGGGCUCCACCCCAGACUCCACCCUGAAGCCCAUCCAAAGCCGGCGCAAGCUGGCCCCCAACUCUGACCAUGAUGACGGGGGUCACUGGACAGCCAAGGUGACCUACAGCUGCCCUUACUGCUCCAAGAGAGACUUCAACAGCCUGGCCGUUCUGGAGAUCCAUCUGAAGACCAUCCAUGCAGACAAGCCCCAGCAGAACCACACCUGCCAGCUGUGCCUGGACACCCUGCCCACGCUCUACAACCUCAACGAACACAUCCGCAAAGCCCACCGAGGCAGCGGAGGCGCCACAGCGGCCUUCCCCCUGCUCCAGUUCACCAACGUGUCAGCCUUUCACUGCAACUACUGCCCAGACAUGUUUGCAGACAUCAACACCCUGCAGGAGCACAUCCGUGUGUCCCACUGCCUGCCUGGAGGAAUGGUCGCAGGCUCCACCACCCUGGAGGGCAACCACGCCUUCUUCUGCAACCAGUGCUCCAUGGGCUUCCUCACAGAGUCCUCUCUCACAGAGCACAUCCAGCAGACCCACUGCAGUGGAGGAGGCGUGCCCAAGAUGGAGUCUCCCGUCCUGCAGCCCUCCCAGUCCUUUAUGGAGGUCUACUCCUGCCCUUACUGCACCAACUCGCCCAUCUUCGGCUCCCUGCUCAAGCUCACCAAGCACAUCAAGGAGAACCACAAGAACAUCCCACUGGCCAAUAACAAGCGGCAAGCUAAGGUGGCGGACCUCAGCCCCGCCUCCUCUGAUGUGGAGAUCUCCUCCCCCAAACGCCAUAGGCUGGCUGGGGACUCCACCACGGCAGGGUCCAAUGGAGACUACCCCUGCAACCAGUGUGACCUGCGCUUCAGCAGCUUCGAGGGAUUUCAAGCCCAUCUCAAGUCCCACCUGGAGAUGCUGCUGAGGAGGCAGUCCUGCCCUCAGUGCAACAAAGAGGACUUCGACUCCCAGGAAUCUCUGCUGCAGCAUCUGACGGUCCACUACACCACCACAUCCACCCAGUAUGUCUGUGAGAGCUGUGAUAAGCAGUUCUCCUCAGUGGACGAUCUGCAGAAGCACCUGCUGGACAUGCACACCUUUGUGCUGUACCACUGUACACUGUGCCAGGAGGUGUUUGACUCCAAGGUGUCCAUCCAGGUCCACCUGGCUGUCAAACACAGCAACGAGAAGAAGAUGUUCCGCUGCACAGCCUGCACCUGGGACUUCCGGAAGGAGAGUGACCUUCAGCUGCACGUCAAACACAGCCACCUGGGACACCCCACCGGCCCCGGUGUUACCGGCAAGGCCCGUAAGUGCAUCUUCUGUGGGGAGACGUUCGGCACAGAGGUGGAGCUGCAGUGCCACAUCACCACCCACAGUAAGAAAUUCAACUGCCGCUUCUGUGGCAAGGCCUUCCACGCCAUCGUUCUGCUGGAAAGGCACCUGAGAGAGAAGCACUGUGUCUUUGACGGGGGGAACGGCACCGGGAACGGGGGAAGCCAGAACGGCACGCCCAACGGUGUAACCCAGAGCUCCAAGCGCGGGGGAGGAAGCGAAAGAUCGACAGUCGCCACGGAGCAGGCUGACCUGCAGAACAUGCUGCUAAAGAACACGAGUCAGGAUGUAGCCAACAGCCACGAGGCCAGCGGAGGGGAGGAGGAGCUGGACAACUCUGAGCCCAUGUACGCCUGUGACAUCUGUGGAGCGGCCUACACUAUGGAGAGUCUUCUGCAGAACCACCGACUGAGGGACCACAACAUCCAGCCCGGGGACGACGACGCUAGCUCCCGCAAGAAGAAGGCCGACUUUAUCAAGGGAAACCACAAGUGCAACGUGUGCUCACGGACCUUCUUCUCUGAGAACGGUCUGAGGGAGCACGCUCAGACCCACCGUGGCCCCGCCAAGCACUACAUGUGCCCUAUCUGUGGAGAGCGCUUCCCCUCCCUGCUCACGCUCACCGAACACAAGGUCACCCACAGCAAGAGCCUGGACACGGGCACGUGCCGCAUCUGUAAGAUGCCCCUGCAGAGCGAGGAGGAGUUCAUAGAGCACUGCCAGAUGCACCCAGACCUGAGGAACUCUCUGACGGGCUUCCGCUGUGUGGUGUGCAUGCAGACGGUCACCUCCACCCUGGAGCUCAAGAUCCACGGCACCUUCCAUAUGCAGAAGCUCUCAGCCGGCGGGGGCAGUGGGGGCGGGGGCGGCUCAGCCUCUUCCUCUCCCAACGGUCAGCUGCAGCAACACAAGCACUACAAGUGUGCCCUGUGCCUCAAGGAGUUCAAGAACAAGCAGGAUCUGGUGAAGCUGGAUGUGAACGGGCUGCCAUAUGGGCUGUGUGCUGGCUGUUUGAGCCGGGGCACCAACGGCCAGUCUCCCAGUGGGGGCACCAUGCCCCAGGAGGCCGGGGGAGAGAAGGCUGCGGUGGGGCUGCGAUGCCCCGAGUGUGCUGUGAAGUUUGAGACCCUAGAGGACCUGGAGAGCCACGUUCAGGUGGACCACCCCGAGAUGAGCCCGGAGACCAGCGGGGCCAAGAAGGUGACGGAUGCCUCGCCUGUCCCUAAAAAGAAGACGUACCAGUGCAUCAAAUGCCAAAUGACCUUCGAGACAGAGCGGGAGAUCCAGAUCCACGUCGCCAAUCACAUGAUUGGAGAACCUGCCCAGCUGCAAGAGGAAGGCAUCAAUCACGAGUGCAAGCUGUGUAACCAGAUGUUUGACUCUCCGGCCAAGCUCCUGUGUCACCUGAUCGAGCACAGCUUCGAGGGCAUGGGCGGCACCUUCAAGUGUCCCGUCUGCUUCACAGUCUUUGUCCAGGCCAAUAAGCUGCAGCAGCACAUCUUUGCCGUCCACGGUCAGGAGGACAAAAUCUACGACUGCUCCCAGUGUCCACAGAAGUUCUUCUUUCAGACUGAGCUCCAGAACCACACACUGAGCCAGCACGCGCAGUGAGACUGGGCCCGGCAGGACUCCCAGCUCAGCCCAGAACCCCGACCCAGGCCCGGUGGGAGGGGACCAUUUCAACAUCACAGCCAAUCAAAGUGUCAUUUGCUACUCACAUGUAAAACUCUAACGAUUCCGCCACCAGGCGCAGCUAUUACGAGCAGUGGGGAAUGAAUAUUAAUGGGAUAUGCUAUUAAAAAAGAAAAGGAGAGUAAAAGGAGAUGAAGGAGAGAAAAGGUAUUGUACGUGCAGUAUUUUUUAUCGUCCCUGCUUCCCGGUUGUGAGUUUUUUUUUUUUUUUACAAAAUGAAAAAACGGGAGAGAAAAAGAAAGGCCCUCUGUCUGAUUUUAGUCUCUAGAAAUGCUUCCCUUACCUUGGCCUCUGUUGCUUCUUGUAUCAAACUUCAUAGGUGCCAAUUCUUUGCUCCUUUUUUUGCAUAUGUUUUCUUCUUUUGUUUUUGUCCCUUGCAGUAAAUAGGUACCUGUGCUGUGUUGUGAUUGUUUGCCAGUCGUAAUAUUUCUGAGUUUUCCUCCUUUUUAUUAUUAUUGUUACAUAUUUUCUUUUUUGUAAUUACAAAAUAAAAAGACAUAAAACAAAAUAAAGUUGAGAAAACAUAAUGGUUUGAUUGGAUUUUCCAAUCUAUGGACCUAAAGGUUAUUGUAAAAAUGAAUAUCAUCAAUUUCAGUGCAACUGGAUGAUGUCUGCUUUUUAAAUGUGAAUUAACCAGAUUGCAAUAACUAGUACAGUCAAAAAAUGAAAUAAAAAUACAUCACAAAUGAAGGGAA